CGAGGGAACGCAUGUUACCAUUCCCCUACUAAUUCACCACGUGCUAAAACACAAGCCGGUAUCUUGAGUUUUAGCUUCUGUACAUAAUUUUAUCAACUUUCUGCCUGUAUUUUUACCAUGGCUGCUGUUAACACUUACCCGAAGUCGACGAAUCCUUUCCAUACAAUCUUCGAUGACGCAACCUCCAAGGAUGGUAUGAAGGAUGAGUGGGAAGAUUGGGAUGUCUCCAGUGAUGAUGAUUCUCGCUCCCGUCCCAAUGACCUUAUCGACCUUUCCGACAACAACCCCGCGUAUAAGACCCGAAAGUCGUAUGCCAGGCCCACGACUAAUCGCUUCACACAACAUCGACCUGGCCAGCUGCAUCGGGUUAAAUCUAGGGCAAGGCAAAAGGCCCAGAAUGCGAAGGCUGGUAUCACACUCGUUACUGAUAUGUCGCAAUUUCGGCAAGCUGGAGUCGGUGGCCCAGACGCCGCAAGCAAAAACAAAUUCGCUUACACUCCUGCUCUUCAAGCACUGGAAGGCAAGCAGAGCUCACCUUCAAUCGGUAGCUUCGCCUGGUUGAAGCGUAAACCUGGAAAUGGGGGCACCAAGCGGUCGAUGAUGUUCGAUGAUCACUCAGCAGACCUAUCUCCAAACGCUCGGCCCAUUGUCAUCGGAAUCUCUGUUCCAUCGGACGAGGCAGGAAGCCACCAGGUCAGCCCACAGACAGCCGUCGUUGAAACGCCGAUGGAAAUGCCAUUCUCUCAUGGAGCCGGUAAAAAGGCCCCAACGCCUCAACAGCUACGGUCCGUAUGGUCUCCGGAUACAGAAGAUAGCGACUCCCCAUAUAGCACUAGACGCGCAGUCUCAAGCGUCUACUCACAAUAUACUGUGUUUGGGGGUCCUAAAGCGGCUUCCGAUGCACCUCCUGUUCCAGCAUUGCCCGCUACGGUAACAUUCAGUCAUCAACAACAGUAUGAUGAGGACAGCAGUGCUCCUUGUACCCCCUUCGAAGAGGAUGACAGUCCCGUCGCUACCCGGAAAUCGCAAAAAUUAAAGGUGGCCACCACAAGCCCUGAGAGUGCUAGCAGUCGAGCGCACGGCUGGUGGGACCACAUCACGACUCCUUUCACGCCACAAACCAAUAAUCCAUUCAAGUCUCAACCGCAACAAACCGGCUCCAGUUCCACGUCAGCUCCCCAGGAAUGGUGGAGUGGUCAUGAUGAGAAGAAGAGUGCUUCUCGGGCAUCACAUCUGACGAUUAUCACCCCAGCAAGUCAACGGGAAAGGGAAGCUACUACAAUAGACGCCAUCGCGCAAGUCCCCGUUAAUAAUACACACGAGCAGAGCUACUCUGAAAAGACACGCGCCUUAUCGGAGGGAAACCAUUCUCAUGACGCUCCACCACCAUACGAGUACACAAAAGCACACCCAGAGACCAAGGUCGCUGUCCCUCAGUUCUAUAUUAAUCCCCAGCCUGUACCAUCUCCUGGGCCCAUAACGCCGUGUCUACCCGGGACAAUGACUUCUCAAAGUGGUAUCGGCCUCGCCGAUAUCCCUUUAACGCCAUCAGGAGUGCGCCAAUUACCUAGUGCAGUCCUCCCAGAUCGUGUCGCUGGAUCUUACAGAACUGGCGAUCACUUUUAUGAAGCGCGGGGUAAAGGUAACAAAAUGGAACGACAACGUCGCCGUCACGAGAAAGAAGAUGUUAUGGCACGGAAGGUUGGAGGGUUCUGGAGGGGCCGCGGAUGUAUCCCAGAGGAAGGGUGCUUUGGGCGCGGUGGUCGUGAAGGCCGAAAGAGAAGGAGAGUGUGCUUGGGCAUAAUAGGUGGUGUAAUUGCUGCCAUCAUUCUUAUUAUCGUCCUUGUAGUCGUUCUCACGCAUAAAACAAUGUCUACGGAAAAGGCACCUGGAGAUCACCCUGCUCCCGCCGAUUCCAGUGUUCCGGAGCCAACCGGUGUGCCUGCGCCUACGUAUUUCCUGAACCUCACAGAUUUCCCGCCGAUGCCAACAGGUGUCUUGACAGUCACUAAGCCCAAGACAGCUAUGGCUGUGUCGGGCUGCUUUACGGAUGAAACACCUUCGACUGCCUGGUCUUGUGCAGUGCCGAAGGAGAAUCAAGGGUCAGCUCCGAUUGAGUUCAUCUUCCAGAUCCAGUAUGACAACAAUACGCGAGAGCUCUGGAAACUUGCAGACGGAGCCGGCAAACCUAAAAAGGGGACUGGCGUGACCAAAGAGAACACAAUUGAUAAGAGAGAUUUCACGACUGACAAUGGCUUCACACCUGACCCGGAGCCGCCUUCCUUGAAUGAGAUAAGGUUCCUGGGAAAUACAACAGAUAAGAUUAAGUCCCCGAAAAAGGAGGGGGAACCUACACCAUUUUUCAUAAGCUUGCUAGAGUCUCUCGACGGCACCGUUGGCCCAAAUAUGCUCUCACGCCGACAAGGUAAUGCCAUUGGUGGAUCCGGGGGCGACGGGACUGGCGAGUUCAACCUCACCGACAUUCUCCCUGCGCCCGAACUGAACUCCGACGGCACGGGAGCGCCUGUACGCCUAUUCCCUCUGCCUGUACAACAACCCCUCCGUCUCUUCGACCGCGACCUACCGACGGAGCACUAUGGCUUCUAUACAUACUUUGACAAGAAGAUCUACCUGGCGAAUAGCAAGAAGCGGGACCCAGCAGAUGAAAACGGCGGUGUGCCCAUCGCGGAUGCAAAGUCACUCGUGACAUUUGCACAGACGAGGUUCCUAGUCAAGAUAUGGACGCGGAUGGAUAAUGCAACGGAGCUGCUCAACUCAGAUGAUGCCUCAUCGAAGGCCGAUGUCAACGCCAUGCCUUUCCCUAUAACUGUCAUCGAAGAUAUGCAUGGAGGCGAUCCGUCGUUGAAGAAAGACUUUUCGUACGGCGUGUUCAGCAAUAUGGAAAUCAAUCGCGCGGACGCAACCUUACUCGAAGCGAACAUUGGCUUCCAGGGCACCCUUGUCAAUGGCAGAGGAAGCAACGAGGAUAGCUCCCUGGGAGGCUUCGACGGGGGUACCGGUGGGUGCAAGUGUGAGUGGAGGAACUUUGAAAGCGACCAAGGCUGAGACAGAGAGACGGAAUAUCUGUCUAUUUCCCAUUUCAGGAGAAUGCGGCUGGCUCAUCCUCGGGGCCUAUGAUUAUAAUCGGAAUGACUCGUGACAAGCGAAAUGAGUUCGGAUAGUCUAUAAGCAAGGGCAAUACUCAGCCUUGAGUGGUCCUCCAGUCUCCUACGAUUUUUCCCUAUCUUUCUUUCUUUUCACUCUUGUUGAUCUGGUUAUCUUGACGGGGCGUUAAGGCUUCUUUUUUUUGGCAUUUACAUUUGCAUGGCAGGAUUGCGUAAAAUAGGGAUACCUACAACCGUAACUAGAUAGCUUCGUUGAGAGCUAGAUAAAUGGCUAUGCGAAUUCGUUCUUAAUAUAAACAGAGGAAAUCAGAUUAUAUAUACUCAAUUGAAUGUACUUUUAUCAAUUUCUUGAUGGUUAUGUGGGUAAUA